CCGUUUACCGCCAACGACUUCUUGCUGACAACAAUCUCCCACCAAUGCACGUAUUCUCACAAAUGGCAAGCAUUUCUUACGAGAGAGAACCAAGGCAUGUUAAAGCUGCUUAUGUCAACCUAUCUUCCCUAUUGC